AUGGAGCUCAGAAACAUCAUUCUGCCCUCGAGGGGACGCUCGACGACAUGGGACAUAGACAUAGCCAAUGACAAUAUCAUCACGUCUAUCCGGCCGGCCGCCGCGGCCACAGCCAACAACGACGGAACCGCCACGGAAGGCGAGCAGCCACCGCCGCCGCCGCCGCCAUCGGUCGUGCUACCAACUCUGUGCCACCCGCACGUGCACCUGGACAAGGCCUACAUCCUGACGUGCAACCAUCCUCGCUCGUCGUCGCCAGACCGCCACGACCACGACCACCCAGACUACGCGGACCUCGCGCCGCAGGACGGCUCCUUCCAGGAGGCCCUGCGCAACACGGCGCGCGCCAAGGAGCGCUACACGCCGGCGGACCUGCGCCUGCGCGGCGCCCAGCUCCUCGCCGCGGGCUACGCGCAGGGCGUGACGUGCGCCCGCGCCUUCGUCGAGGUCGACCGCGUCACGGGCACGCGGGGCGUGGCCGCGGCCGCCGAGCUCAGGCGGCAGUUCGCGGGGCUCGUCGACGUGCAGGUCUGCGCCUUCGCGCAGGACCCGGUCUUCUCCUCCUCCUCCUCCUCCUCCUCCGCGGACCACGACGACGACGACGGCGGCGAGAACCGCCGGGAGAUGGAGCGCGCGCUGCGCGAGCACGCGGCCGACGUCGACGUGCUGGGAGCCACGCCGUACGUCGAGGCGAGCCGCGGCACGAGCCUGGCCAACAUCGACUGGGCCGUCCGGACGGCGCUGGAGCGCGGCCUGCACCUCGACUUCCACCUCGACUACAACCUCGGCGACCACGACCACCGGGGCUACUCCCGGCCGGACGAGCUGCCCCUCGUGUACGCGGUCCUGUGCUACCUCCACGCCCACGACUGGGUCGGCAGAGCGGACCCUGCCAAGACGGUGGUGCUGGGCCAUUGCACCCAGCUGACGCGCCUGGCGCACGACGACCUCCGAGAUCUCGCCGCCCUGAUCCGGGCCUGGAAGCUCCCGGUCCACUUCGUCGGCCUCCCCACGAGCGACAUCUACAUGAUGGGGCGUCCCGCCGGAGGAAGCGCCCGAGACGGAGGAGAGAUGCUAGACAUCGAAGCCCUGGCGGAGAGCACACCGCGAGACAAGCUCGGUGAUUUCAACACCCACUACGAGCGAAUGCUGGCCGCAUUGCGCCGCCGCCGCCACCGCCGUUCGGGGUCCCGAGAUCGUCGCGAACCGGGCGGCGGCGGCGGCGGCGACGACGACGAGCAGGCGCCGCACUCGCGCCCGCGGGGCACGCUCCAGGUCCCCGACCUGAUCAAGGACUACGGGCUGGACGCGUGCCUGGGCGUCAACAACGUCGGCAACGCCUUCACGCCCUUCGGCACGGGCGACCCCCUGCAGCUCGCGAGCUGGGGCGUCGGCCUCUACCACGCGGGCACGCCCGCCGACGCGGAGCUGCUCUACGGGUGCGUCAGCUGGCGCGCCAGGCGGGCGAUCGGCUGCGUCUCCCGCCGCCGCGAGCAGGAGCAGCAGCAGCAGCAGCAGCAGCAGCUGGGGAAGGAGGAGGAGGACGAGCAGGAGCUCCGGGAGGGCGAGGCGUGGCGGCCCAUGCUCAUGUUCAAGAACCAGCGAGAGAUCGAGAUCGGCGGCGGCGGCGCGGGGCCCGGAAAACCCGCGGUAUCCGUCCCUGCGAGGCAGAGGCGCGACAUAAAGGACAUUGUCUGGGACCCUCCCGAGGCGUCUCUGCGCCAGGUGCUCCAGAACGUCGAGGCCACCGCCUCCCCCCCCAGGACCAUGACCUGA